GUACGCCUCUGGCAGUUGAAUGAGUAACAUCGAUUGUUAACAGCUCCGUGUUAUUAACCAGUUUUUUAUCAAUUUAAAUCAUUAUGCAGUGUUCAAAAUGUGACAGUGAUGUUCCGGAACAGGACCUUAUUUUUUGUUGUGUUUGUAAAAAAUAUUUACAUUUCGUGUGUGAACUUAUUAACGAAAAAAACUUUCGUAAAAUGUCAAAUGACACUAGAAGUAAAUGGAAAUGUAUAGUGUGUAAGUCGGUGGCAGUAGCGGGUAAACAGCAGAAGCAGAUAAGCAGUGCAGCCGGCGCCAGUGCGGGUGACAAAGCGGCAUUGUCUACUGUGGUUGAGGCGGGGGUCGCGGUGUCAACACAGAGUGCCGCCGCUCCGUCUACCUUCACUUCUACUAGUAGUAGGCCUACAACUACUCUCUCACAGGCUGACCUUCAAGCGAUCGGCCAAGUUGUUAAACAGCUGAUUCAAUCGGAGUUGCCGCCAGAUUUCAAAACUGACUUCGCUGAGUUUAAAAAAUCGAUUCAAUUCAUUUCGGAGGAAUUUGAAAGUUUCAAAAAUGAUUUAACAUCCAUCAAGCUGGAGAAUGAAAAAAUUAAAAAGGACAAUGAAAUAUUGAAAAGUGAUAAUGAAAAACUGAAAACAGAUAUUGCGGACCUACAAUCUUACAGUCGUAGAGAUAAUAUUGUGGUUACUGGAAUAACAGAAACAAAUAACGAAUGUGUCAAUGAGGUUUUUAAUAUGCUUUCAAAAACGAUUGGAAGUGAGUUAACUGCUAGAGACAUAAGUGUUGCUCAUCGCCUUCCCAGUAAGAAGAAAGACAGCAUCAAACCGAUAGUAAUUAAAUUCGUACGUCGUCAAGAUAAGAUGUCAUGGAUGGGUCAUUUUCGUCUAGCAUCUUCGCAGGACAAUAGUGGGGCUGGUAUAUCGGCGAAAAACAUUUCAGCUGUUCUACCUGAAACAAGGGUGAUGGCUUACGAACAUUUGAUACCUUCAACGCUUGAACUGCUAAAUACGACCAGAACAAUCGCUCGGGAGAAAGGAUAUCGCUUUGUGUGGGUACGUGAUGGUAAUAUUCUUGUCAAAAAAGACGAAACCAGUAAGAAUGUUUUACAUAUUAAAAGUGAUGUGGACCUUUCUAAGAUGUAAGUACUAAAGACUUGUUUAACAAUGAACAGUAAAAUAAUUUUAUUAUGGACAUUUUUGAAAAUUUAGAUGAAUUCGAUGAAGUUGAGACAUUAUGUUUGAAUAACUCUAAUGAUUAUUACAAUAUUAUUUCUAAUCAACCCAGUGUAAAUUUUGAUAUAAUUCAUAGUAAUAUCAGAUUCAUUGGGAAGAAUUUAGACGAGUUCUGUUUAGAAUUUGCUAAUGUAUUGCCAUUUAUAGACAUGAUUGUAUUAUCUGAGACGGGUCACCAAGGUGUUAGGCCCAUAGUGUGUGAUAUACCUGGUUUUAAUCAGUACUAUUCAAUGAAUCACACAAAUAGAAAUGGGGGUGUAGUAGUUUACUUGAAAAAAGAUUAUGAUCAUGUUCAUGUGCGGGAAUGCACAAUAGUUGGGGCUAGUUGUCUCGUGAUAGAGCUGAAAAUUUUUGAGGAGGAGUGGGUUAUUGUUUGUGCUUACAGAUCACCUAAUGAUAAUUGCCAGGACUUUGUUAACUCUUUAGCUGAGCUGCUUUCGAAUUUAAAUUUAGGAAAAAAUAUUAUAUUUGUAGGAGAUAUAAAUAUUGAUAUCUUGAAUAAUAGAAAUAACAUCCACACUGAAUCUUAUUUGAAUUUAUUGAACGAAAAUGGGCUUAUAUCUUAUGUGAAUUGUUUUACAAGGGUUCCAUUUCAGGGAACACCUUCGUGUUUAGAUCAUUAUUUCGGUAAUGUUCACACUAAUAAGCACAUUGAACCCAUGGUAUUGAAGACUUGUAUUACUGAUCACUAUGUUACUUCUCUUAGGGUUCGUUGUGAAAUAGACUUGACUAACAAUGCUGCUCAGUUGCCACUUGUUGCCACCAGGCUCGAUUAUGAUAGGCUUUUGUCUCUUAUCCAGUCUGAGGGCUGGCAGUCUGUAUUUUCUAGUAGGGAUGUUAAUGUUUCAACAGAUAACUUUGUAGCAACUCUACAAAGCUAUAUUGAAAAAUCCACUAUAAAUGUAGCCAAAUCUAGUUCGAGGUUUAAAAAAAUCAAGCCAUGGAUUACUCAAGGUUUAGUAUUUUCUAUUAGAAGAAAGCAAGCUCUAUUUAACAAAUGUAAAAAGGAACCAUUCAAUUUAAAUCUGAGAAAUUAUUUUAGAAGUUAUCGAAAUAGAUUGACAGUCCUUAUUAGAGAAGCUAAACGAUUGUAUUAUAGCAGAAAAAUUGAGGAGGCUGGAAAUGAUGUAAAACGGACUUGGAAUGUAGUUAGGGAGGUAGCUGGUUGUAAAAUAAGGAAGGAGUGUUUGGAAGAAAUUGAAAUUGAUGGUAAUGUCUAUAGUGCUAGGGAUAAUCCCAAUAUAUGUGCUAAUGCUUUUAACGAUUUUUUCAUCUCUAUAGGAGAGAAAAUGGUACAAAAUAUUCCUAGUGAGCCUGGUGAUGAUUUGCAACCAGACAAUCCCCACAAUCCGCAAGAUUAUUUUACUUUUCAAUAUGUAUCAGAGACUGAGGUUGUGGAGGCGAUCGAGAGUCUUAGAGGUGCAUCUGGGCCUGGUCAUGAUGGUAUUACUGUAUCUGUUUUAAAAUCUGUUAAAAGUAUUGUUGCCUCUCCACUCAAACACAUUAUUAAUGUAAGUUUUGAACAAGGUAUUUUUCCAGAUUCUUUUAAAACAACUGUAGUAAAACCAAUAUUCAAAUCACAAGACAAAAGGAAAAUUACCAACUAUAGACCUAUAAGUUUACUUUCGAAUUUGGCUAAAAUAAUUGAAAAAUG